GCCAUAGAUGCGAGUGCGUCCAGUUGAUUCGGUUUAUUCAUAGAAUUUGUUAUGCUGCUGCUGCAGGGACGUGUGUGCGUGUUUUUUAUUUCGUCCAGACGCGUUCGGGGAGGGUUUGAAUGGAUUGAGAACAUUUUGAGGGUGUGGACUGUGAAGCUGGAUUCGGAUUUUUCUCGACACACUUUAAAUUUAGAUGCAGGAGUUUGGAUAUUUGUGAAUUGAAUCGGAAGUUGAACUGAGCAGAGGAGGAAUCGCGUGUGGUCGGAAAUUUUACGUCCUGGUGCACCAUUGGGGUUGAGUUCAUCGAGGGAUGAGGACGAUGCCGGUCGUGGAGGUUAUGGAAGAUUUCUUCCUCAGCUCUGGCUCCAAGCAUCCUUCCCUCAUAGAACUGCCGUUAGCCAUUCAUGACUAUCAAUGGGAGCGACCACAAGGACAGAAAUUUUACUUGCAGGGCAAGAUUAACGGGCUUCAAGAAGUAUCCGUUGAAGUCGACGUGUGGAAUUUAGAGCUUCCACUGGAAGGCAAGCCUAAAAUCUUGGUUCAUCAAGUGACUGGUGCAUGGAUCGAGCUGCGUAAACCGCGAGACUUUUACUUAGAGACCACGAAAGUCGUGGUAGUGGCGGCUUAUUUCUUGAUAUUUGCCAAGCAGAAAUCAAAUUCUACGAAAGGAGAUGUCUGGCGAUACGUCCGCAAAGAGUGUAGUGAAUUUCAAGCAAAGCCAAAUCAGAAAGACCUAGCACAAGCUUUUCUUUUGCUCAGGUCAAUAGUGACGAAUGAUCCGAAAUUACAGGAGUCUUUGAUCAUACCGCAGUUCUUUCCAAAUCUUUCUAAGAACCGGGGAUCCCAAAUUGCCAAGGGCUCUAAUGCAGAUAAGACACACUCGCACGUGAAUAGGGACUAUUCAUCAGUUUCAGAGCCCCUUACACGUAAAGGUUUAAGCAGUGGGAAGAACACUUCCAGAAAUGAAGUCGACUUCCCUUCACAUGUCCACGAUGAUUUGAAAGGAGAACCAAGUUCGCAAUACAUGCGGAGGAUGCGCAGCCUUGCUGAAUUUGCAAUAGAGGCUGAUCUUCCCCUUUCAAAAAGGCUUACCCCAGUGCGGAAGAAGAGAAAAUCAGGACGAACAGCACUUCGACACAACCUCGGAAAAGCAAAGCGAUGUACGAAAUUCGAAAGUGAUGACGAUUGCGUUGACGAGCCUGAUGUGUGUGCAUUCUGUGACGAUGGUGUGGAAGGAAGUGAGCGACUCCUUUGCUGUGAUGGUCCAUGCAUGCGAUCCUUUCAUCCAACAAUAGACUCUGGGUGGCAAAACAAGUGUCCAACUCUUCGCCUUACUAGAGCCGCUGUUAGUGUUGAGAUUUGGAUCUGCCCGAAUUGUGAAGUUGGGCAGCAUCAAUGCUUUGUCUGCGGAAAGCUUGGGAAAUCCACUGGGUCAGCUGAUCACCAGCAGGUCUUUAAAUGUGAGCAUAGGCAAUGUAAGCGAUUUUAUCAUCCUGCUUGUGUGGCCAAGCUCCUAGUUCCAGACGUUGCAUUAAACAAUUUGGCUUGUCGAAUCCAGCUGAAGUUUGAGACCUUCACUUGUCCCCUUCACAAAUGUGCUAACUGCAACUUGGAUGAAGACAAGGCAGACCCCACUCUGUGCCUGAUCAAGUGCAGGCGCUGCCCUGCAGCAUGGCAUGAGAGAUGCUUGCCACAAGCAUGUCGCAGUCAAAUGUGGCCACUUGAAGACGGCAAAUGUGUUAUGUAUUGUGGAAAACACAGACUCGAUCCAGAGCUGUUGACUCCGGAGCGUAACCAUAUUACAUUUCCAGAAUUAGAAAAGGGAGGCGUUCCAAAUGGCUCCAACUAUUCUGGAUCUUUGCUAUCAUACAAAGCUACAGCUUCAGAGAGAGUUUCACAAUCUUGACUUGUGAACCAGUUGAGCAGAAAAGUGACGCUUUCUUCACUGAAUUUAGUGCGUAGGAAUGGAUUGCAAGUGCACAAUAGAACCCACUGCUGCUGAUGUGUACAGUGUGCCUGGAACGUUCCCCAACCUUAGAUUUGGAGAAGAAUAUUUUUCAAUUGAGGAAUGGUUUCAACAUCAAUUUUGUUAAUUUUUGUAUAGAAGUAGAGAAACAUAGUAAGAUAAGUUUCCAUUUAGAAGCCAAGAGAAUCCCACCGAAUUAUUUGUACAUUGGAAACGCUGUCCAACUUCAAAAAUCGUCCUAGUGCAACUCCGACUCAAAACUUACAAUCAAAGACUAUAACCCUGCUCUGUAACAUCCAUUCAAGUUUUCGACCUUUUCACUGUUACAUUCGGAAAA